ACAGGUUAGAUUGGACAUGGAAAGGAACUUUGUGGGCUUACUUUCUAUAUAUAUAUUUACUACUGCCCAGAGCCAAAUGCUGCAAAUUUCUUGAUUUCAAUUGCAUGCUUGACGAUUAUUUACCGAGAAAACGAGAAAAGGGUUGUUUAUUUGAUCUGAAUGGUGCAAGAUUGAAGGAAGAAGAUGGAAAGGUAUGCGAUUAACAAGUUCAAAAGGAUUUGUGUCUUCUGUGGAAGCAAUCCUGGUUAUAGGAGUAUUUACAGUGAAGCUGCUGUUGAAUUGGGGAAUGAACUGGUUGAGAGAAAGAUAGAAUUGGUAUAUGGUGGGGGGAGUUUUGGCUUGAUGGGUUUGAUUUCUCAGAAAGUAUAUGAUGGUGGAUGUCAUGUUAUUGGAGUCAUCCCCAAAGCUCUUGUGUCUCUUGAGAUAUCUGGUCAAAGUGUUGGGGAGGUAAGAAUUGUUGAGGAUAUGCAUGAGCGUAAAGCUUUAAUGGCUAAAGAGGCCGAUGCUUUCAUUGCUCUUCCGGGUGGAUAUGGAACCAUGGAAGAAUUGUUAGAGAUGAUAACAUGGUCUCAGCUUGGAAUUCAUAAAAAACCGGUUGGCCUGCUGAAUGUUGAUGGUUAUUACAACAACUUGCUGGCAUUAUUCGAUAAUGGUGUUCAAGAAGGCUUCAUAAAUCGAGGUGCUCGUCACAUUGUCCUUUCUGCCCCAACUGCCAAGGAGCUGUUGAUAAUAAUGGAGCAAUUUGCGCCCUUGCAUGAUCAUGUUGCUCCUCUUGAAAGUUGGAAGAUGGAACAACUGGCUAAUAAUUACCCAAGUGAAGAGAGUUCUAAAUGAGUCUAUUAUUGGUGGUAGGUCUGUGAUUUAUCAAAUGGAUUCCAAGUGUAUUUUUUACUAUGUACUUUUAUUUUUCACCAUUCUUUGUGUUUUCAUAUCCAAAAAAAAAUAUUAAUCUGUCUUGAUGUUGAUGUUAAUGUUACUUCAUAUAAUGGUUGAACUAUUGAUUAUGAAGAUUACCUAUUUGUUGA